CGAACAACGGUUACCUGGUCGCGCCGCAGUCCAGUGCUGGCUUCCUCAGUGUUCGUGUCUCGGAUGUAUUGAUGGAUAUCUCGUACCAGUGGUUCAAGUUGAAGAUUGUGCUGUGCCCGGAGACGAUGGACACGUUUAACUCCAACGCCUAAACUGUUCACGGUAGUGUUGUGCGAUAGUGUAGUGAACUUUACACCAUGCCGAAGAUAUUCUUGAUCAAGGACCGGCUGCUGCAGCAGCAACUCAAGUUGUUGGAUCAGCAGAAGAACCACAACGAAGGAUUGACUCCUCCGGGAUCCCCGCUGUGCGAUUCGCAACCACUGUCGUUGAUUGUCAACAAACGUCCCUCAGAUAAGGCACCUCUGAAGAAAGAAGAAGAAAGGAUCCGUCCAGAGUCCAAAUCGCCAGUAUCUAGAUCAUCAUCACCCAAAGAUGGCAGCAAAGAGUCUGCAGACUGUAGCGAAACUCGCACGAACAUCCCUCCUCGCAGGUUCAUCUCUUCCAUCCUUGGAGGAGACAUCCCCUACGGCAGCAGUCAUCAUCGACACCACAUCCUUACCUCCGCAGAAAGGAAAGAGUACUUGCCGAUUGAGAAACCCCCUGAACCUUCCACGUCUCCCCCUCCACAGCAGCCCAGAUGUCACCCUGUCUCUGUCAUCCAGAGGACUCCCAUCAUACCUCUCAUCAAGCCCAAAGAGGAGACGGAAAUGAUUGUAGAAGAGCCCGAGCAAGAAGCACCUAUUGAUUAUCACGUUCCAAAGAAAGAAGUAGAGCAUAAAAUUCUAGAUGAAACCAAAAGAAGACAAAUCGCUUUAGCUAUCAAGCGAAGUCAACUUCUUCUCGCUGCAGGAAGAAAGUUAAGUCCAAGCGGGAUGAUCCUAAUGGCUGCUGCUGGCCACACGAGAAAUGGUGGUGGCGGAGGAGGUUCUAGAAAUCAAGGGGGUGCUUCUGGUGGUGGGUCACAAGGAGGUUCUUCGAGUCAUUCCUUCGGAUCAUCAGGAGGAGGCGGGUUGAGCUCCAGCAGUGCUGGUGGAGCAGUUGGAGGUGGGUCAGGUGGGGGUGGAGGAUUAAACCCUGGAGGGAACGGAAAAUCCAACUACGGACCUAGCAGUCCUCCAACUGGUUCCUUACCUCCUUUCUACGAGAGUUUAAAAGGAGGAGGGCUUCCUGGCUACCCUCACCAGUACAGCAGCCAAUACCAGUCCAUGCUUACGUCGACGCCACUCCCGAUGGAUGUGGACACUGGACAAGACACCUCAGGAAUGAGUUUCCCUACCGGAGCAGAGCUACUUCCAAAGCAGUAUUCGUUGCUACAGAACGUCUGUGCGCAGUACGGGUUGUCGGUCAAAGAUGAUGAGGAGUUGGCCAACAUGAUGAAGGACUCGGGGGCAUUCCUACCUUACGAUGAUGUGAUGGUGGACGCCAUGACAGGGGCCGUGGUCGACCCUCUGCAGUUCACCGCAACCCUCACCUUCUCCAGCCCUGACCACUCGGCUCUGCUAGAGUCUCUGUCUGACGCAGCUGAGCUCUUCCUGAGAGAGCAACCCACGGAGACUAUCCCACCUCCAGUGGAACCAUCGGUUGAUCCGUUUCCCGGACAUCGAGCCAGCUUUCCCGAGGUGCCGUCCAGCAGUAGGAGCAGUUUCCCCACCAGCUCCGGGGCUGCUGCAGCGGGGGGAGUGGUGGGGGUGCGAGGGCUUCCUCCUGGCUACCACGAGCUGGUGAAGGAGAGAGAUCUGACGCUCCAACAACUAACAGACGACAGCAGUCAACAGCUGCAGAUACAAGUCCAGCUUCAGCAGGGCCAACAGAGCGAGGGCGGUGGUCAGGCAGGGUUGUUGUCUCCUGGACUCAGCUCCUUGGAGCUUGACUCCAGCACCUCUAUGUCUCUCCCUUCCCCCACGAGCUGCUCCCUGGAUGGCACGGGCUCGCUCUCCCCGCCUCCCUCAGGGGACAUCGCCUCUAUACCCUCGCUACAGGUGCGCGUUGGCGUCAUCAAGCGACGGCUUGGUCUGCCAGGAGACAUUGCAUUGGAGUUUGUCAACGGAGGUCAUGGCAUCAAGAACCCACUGGCCAAUCAGGAGAUGUCCCACAGUACGUCCAGACCCGAGGGGGAGAAGUCUGAGGACACGAAACCCCUGAGAGACGGGUCCCGCUUCGCCUGCCAUCUGUGCUCCAAAACCUUCAGUCUACAAAGACUACUAAACCGUCACAUGAAAUGUCACAGCGAUGUCAAACGCUACCUCUGCACCUUCUGUGGCAAGGGGUUUAACGACACCUUCGACUUGAAGCGACACACUCGUACCCACACAGGAGUGCGGCCUUACAAAUGCAAUCUGUGUGAAAAGUCCUUUACUCAGAGAUGCUCGCUGGAGUCUCACUGUCUCAAAGUACACGGAGUCCAACACCAAUACGCCUACAAGGAGCGGAGAACAAAGAUGUACGUGUGCGAAGAGUGUGGUCACUCCACCAACGAGCCCGAUGUUCACUACAUUCAUCUGAAGCAGAAUCACCCAUACAGUCCAGCGCUGCUAAAGUUCUACGACAAACGACACUUCCAGCAAAAGAUGUACGUUUGCGAGGAGUGUGGACACACGACCAAUGAGCCGGAGGUACACUAUCUCCAUCUCAAGGACAACCAUCCGUACAGCCCAGCGCUCCUCAAGUUCUACGACAAGAGGCAUUUCAAAUUCACUAAUUCUAAUUUUGCAAAUAUGUUAUUACAAGUAAGAACAUAGACAAAACUGUAGCCAGUUUUGCAAGCUCUAUCCAAAUGUACAAAUAAUCAGGACUGUUUCUACACUGAACUCAUGUGCAAUGUUAUUUUAUAUUGGGUUGAAAGUAAAGGGUGGUACUGCUAAGAGGUCUACACUUGCUUUAUUGCAUCGUAGGGUUUCCAAUUAAUUAAAAAUUGUAUAGUUUUCAUUUGUAAUUCGCAAAUUAGAAAAUUCAUUUAGAUUUUUAAAGUAUUUAUUUCGUUGGGUGCAGUAGAAAGGUAUGAAACCCUACUUUGCAAUAUUGUAAUGCAACUGACUGUAAAAUAUGUACUUUUUCUGACACAUCACUUUGGGAGCACUUUUCAAUAGCGUAAUUUAGUAUUCAAAGUUUAAAAGUCCGAUAAUUAAAUGUACAUAAAACUGAUUAUAAGUAUAUUUAACAAACGCAUAGUAACUAUAGUUUGAUUAAGCUUAAAUCUUCAAAUACACUAAUAGGAAACAUAAGUGUUGGUUUGGGGAAUGUUUCAGAAAAACUCAUAUAUUUCAUGUCAGUUAGAAUGUCUUUUCCCUUCAUACUCAGUGAGUUGGAAGGAAAAUAUAUCCUCAGAUAGAUUAUUGAUUUGUAAAUACUUGUUGUAGGACAUAACGUCUGUUGUUAUUAGUGUUACACGCUGUUGCUGUUAGAACUUUACUUCUGUGCUCUUCGUUUGUGAUAAACUGUUGUUUAGUGUUAAACCUUCGUCGAUCCUGCCUUGUCUCCGUCUACCAUUUCCCUCGUAGAUUUCUGUAGUCGAAUAGUAAAUGCCAAUUCACCAGUAAUCAAGAUACAUAUCAACACUUGUCAAUCCCAAGGUACAUGAAGUAGAAGAAUAAUGCCAAAAAUAUUAAAUUGUACCUAUUUUAAUUAGUUAUGAUACUUUUUAAAUCGUAUGAGUUAUUUUAUAUAGGACUUUACGUUAUCGUUGCAUGUACAAAAUCAAAUACAAUGAGACUUAAAUUACCCUAACAAUUGUUAAAAGAAAAUGCAGGUUUUCCUGUAAAUGUAAUGUUUUCCAAGAUAUAAGACAAGAAUUAAAUAUUAUAGACUUUUAAAAUAUUUUUGUAACUUUAUUACUGGUAGUCAGUUUAACUGCUAGGACUUUUCCUACAAAGCAAUGUAUAGUUUUACUGUCAAUAUGUGUAGCUGUGAUCUUGUGUGAUGGUAUUAUACAUUAGUUGAAAUCCAUAGAGAAAAUCUGGCUUCAACAUUACGAGUUCGAUUGUUCGGGUUUAGUGAUGAAAACAAGGGGUAUGUAAAUAUUUGUAGUUCCCUUCAGGAAUCAGAAUCGACUAAACAUGUAUAAUAUCUAAUCUUAUUUAAUCUUAAUUCCUCAGUCUCCAAAGUGUAUUAAUUAUAGGAUAAUAUUUUGUAGAUUUUUAUAUUUACAAGUAAUCGUUCAAGGGGUGGUCACAUACUGUAUAUUGUGUGUCAGAAAAGGCGCACUAGUUUGUUUGUGCUUUGCGUUAUUUAUUUAUGACAAUUAAUACUCUUCUGUUAAGGAUCUGAGAGAAGAAUCAUUCAGUAAAAUUUUAAAUAUGUAAACUUUAAAACUUGGUGCAUUCACAAAGAUAAGGAAUAGAAAUGUUUACCUAACAAUUGGCUUAUGAUAGAUUGUAAAAGAGGUUAUGUUUUUGGUGUUAAUGUUCAAGGCAGUAAAGAUUAGUGAAGGUUUAGCUACAUUCGUAGAGGUGGAGCUGCUUCCAUACAGUAUUGCAACGCUUUCGUUAUAUGUUAUGAUAAUUUAUAGUGUGUAAAGAAGAGUGACUGACUGAUUGACUGUACGAGUAAAAAUGUAUUUUAUGAUUAUUGUUUUAUUAAUAUUAUUUUAUGAUUUUAGUAAAAUAAAGAGGUAAUAA